UGGCGAAAUCCCGAAGCUUCCAAGGACACGGAGUGCCCGCGCCUGGAACCUUCCCGAAGCAUCCGGACAAAACCGUACACUUCCCCUCUCCUUCCCAAUUGGAGAGAGGGAGAGAGAGAGAGAGACCGACCAAAAUUGGAACCUUCCCGAAGCAUCCUCUCUCUCUGACCAUUCUCCCGGAUUCCGGAAUUCGGCGACCGAUCGAUCUCCCCCCCUCUCGUUCGCCCUCGCCCUCGCCUAGCCGCCGGGAGAUCCGCAGCGACAGCGGGGUUCGAUCCGUCCGUCCGCCCGACCGGUGAUGGAGGAGACCGCGACCGCGACCGCGCCGGCGGUGGGGGAGAAGGCGGCGGCGGCGGCGGCGUCGUAUAGGUACUGGGUGCGGGAGGCCACCGGGGACGCCGCGCCGUUGCCCGUCCCCCGCAAGCUCGACCCUGCUUCCGCCGCGGCCGCCAACGGCAACGGCAACGGCAACCCGCCGCCCCUCGGCUCCGUCUGGAACCAGGCUGGAACCUGGGAGGAAAAGAACCUCAAUUCAUGGGCUAACAGUAGGAUAAAGGAAUUGUUGGGUUCUUUAGAUUCGUUAGAAUUCCCUACUGGGAAGGCAUCACUUGAUGGAGUUUCUAAAUGCACUGGUGAUGCAUUUCUGGUCACAGUUCGUAAUAAGAAGAGAGUAGGGUAUACUUAUGAACUGAGCUUGAGAUUUAAAGGUGAAUGGCUGAUUAAAGAAGAAAAUAUGAAGGUCAAAGGCCAUCUAGACAUUCCUGAGUUCUCCUUUGGUGAGCUGGAGGACUUGGAGGUAGAAGUAAGGUUCAGUGAUGACAAGGGCCUCACAUCCGACAACAAGAGGCAGAUUUGCAAGGACCUCAAGUCCUUCCUUUCACCUAUCCGGGAGAAGCUGCGCGCAUUUGAAGAAGAGCUCAAGGAUAGGUGACAGCAAAUGCCAUCAAGCCUGGCAUUAUCAGCAAGGCAAGUAACUGCCCUGCUUUCCCCAGUGUUAGCGUCAAUCAUGUAACUUUAUUAGAGCACUCAAGUUCUCAUAUUUCUCGUGAUAUCUGAUCGCAUGUAACUGCUAUGUGGACGUUUUUGUUGUAAGCUCCGGAUCGUCCAGAUGAAUAUGAACUGUCAGAAAAAAAUGUCAUUUACAUUAUCUGCUUUUCACGGAUGUUAUACUACGAUGCAUCACUUUGAGAACUUGGCCAAUUAUGAAACC